AUGGCCCUUGCAUCAGAUUCCAACGGGGAACCCCAAAAGUACUACCUCAAACCAGAGAUUGAUGAUCAAGAACAAGAACAAGAGGAUGGGUUCUUGAUUGCAAGGCAAAUAACAAGUUCAUCAGGUGUGGUUCCAAUGGUUUUGAGGACAGCCAUAGAGCUUGGUGUAUUUGAGAUCAUAGCAAAAGAAGGCGAAGGUGCAAAGCUCUCAACAAAAGACAUUGUGGAUCACAUUGAAACCAACAACCCUGAAGCAGCAUCAAUGUUGGAUAGUGUUUUUAGGCUUCUUGCAAGUCACUCAUUACUGUCUUGUUCUGUUGUUGAAGAUCCACAAAGCUCUAAUAACUUGCAUCAGAGGCUGUAUAGCCUCUCACCUGUUUCCAAAUAUUUUGUGACUAAUGCUGACGGUUUUUCUUUGGCAACCUCCUUGUUGUUUCAUUUGGAUAAGGUCUUCAACCAAAGCUGGUGCAAACUGUAUACUUUUUAUAUGCAAACAACAACAACAACACAACAAUAA